CACCUCCCCGGCUUCACAACACCGAGCCCGGGCAUCAUGAGAACCUGGAGGCGGCGGAGGAACUUUGCCUUUCUGAUCUUCGCUCUCCGCGUCUGGUGCCUGUCCACGGCGGCAGAGAGUGCUGACAGCACGGUUCACAACACACAGGAGGGAAGUAGUCCAGACGAUCCUAAACCGCAAGUGGACGCAACCAAACCAGAACGCUAUGGGACCACAGUACCUCUGCUGCUGAAGGGCAAGGAGCGCAGACCUCUCAACCAGCUUGCAGCUUGGGGUCAUCCUGCGUCACUCCAGCUGCUGGUAAAUGCGGAAGGGGAACAGCUGAUCCUGUUGCUGGAGAGAAAUGAGGGCCUUUUUGCAAGCCAUUACACUGAGACACAUUACCGGGAGGAUGGAAGUGCAGUCACCGGUGCUCACAACUUCACGAAUAACUGCUACUACCAUGGGGAAGUUCAGGCACAUCCCAACUCUGAUGUCACCCUCAGCACCUGCUCGGGCCUUCGAGGCUUCAUCGCACUUGAAAACAAGACAUUCAUCAUUGAGCCGCUGCCUGGUCAUGACAACGGUACCCACAUCAUCUACCGAGUGGAAGAACUCAGACUGACCCCUGGAGACUGCGGCCACGGUUUCAACAUGUCCUCUGUUGCCCCUGAAAACCAGAUCAGAAACCCCUUCCAAUCCUUCCACACAAGGCAUAAAAGGCAUGCUCAGAAGACAACCAAGUACGUGGAGCUGAUCAUUGUUGCAGACAACAGAGAGUUUCAGAAACAGGGGAGGGAUGUGGAGAAGGUGAAACAGAGACUGGCAGAGAUAGCCAAUUACGUGGACAAGUUCUACAGGGCCCUGGACAUCCGAGUGGCCCUGGUGGGUUUGGAGGUGUGGAGUGACUCUGAUAAAUGUCCCAUCACCCAAGAUCCCUUCACCACCCUGCACGAGUUCCUAGACUGGAGGAAAGUCAAACUGCUGCCACAGAAACCUCACGACAAUGCUCAGCUCAUAAGCGGCGUAUACUUCCAGGGCACCACAAUUGGCAUGGCGCCCAUCAUGAGCAUGUGCACAGCUGAGCAGUCUGGAGGCAUUGUCAUGGAUCACUCUGAGAACCCACUGGGUGCAGCCGUGACUUUGGCACAUGAGCUGGGACACAAUUUUGGUAUGAACCAUGACACCCCAGAGCGCGGCUGUGGCUGCAGGAUGACCGUUGAUCGCGGAGGCUGCAUCAUGACCCCCUCCACAGGGUAUCCAUUCCCAACAGUGUUCAGCACAUGCAGCAAGAAGGACCUUGCUGCCAGUCUGGAGAAAGGUGUUGGCAUGUGUUUGUACAACAUGCCCGAGGUCAAGGUGCUCUACGGCGGCCAGAAGUGUGGCAAUGGCUACGUGGAGGAGGGAGAGGAGUGUGACUGCGGGGAGCCAGAGGAAUGUAUGAAUCCAUGCUGCAACGCCACCACAUGCACCCUCAAGGGCGACGCUGUAUGCGCCCACGGACAAUGCUGUGAAGACUGCAGGCUGAAACCAGCUGGCACUCUUUGUCGAGAGUCCAGCAACUCCUGCGACCUGCCGGAGUUCUGCACCGGUGCCAACCCUCACUGUCCGGCCAACGUUUAUCUGCAUGAUGGCCAUGCCUGCCACAGCGUUGAAGGCUACUGCUACAACGGCAUCUGCCAGAAUCAUGAGCAACAAUGCAUCACCCUGUGGGGACCAGGAGCCAAGCCUGCCCCAGGGAUAUGCUUUGAGCGAGUCAACUCUGCAGGGGAUCCUUAUGGGAAUUGUGGGAAAGACUCCAAAGGCUCCUUUGCCAAAUGUGAUGCGAGGGAUGCAAAGUGUGGAAAAAUUCAGUGCCAGGGAGGAGCCAACCGGCCAGUGAUCGGAACAAACGCUGUUUCCAUUGAAACGAACAUCCCGCUACAAGAAGGAGGGCGCAUUCUGUGUCGGGGAACACACGUUUACCUGGGUGAUGACAUGCCUGAUCCUGGACUGGUUCUGGCUGGGACAAAGUGUGGAGACGACAUGGUGUGCCUGAAUCGGCAGUGCCAGAAUGUCAGUGUCUUUGGUGUGCAUGAGUGCUCUAGGAAGUGCAAUGGACGUGGGGUGUGCAACAACAAGAAGAACUGCCACUGUGAAGCACACUGGGCUCCUCCAUUCUGUGAGAAAGCUGGCUUCGGUGGGAGCAUCGACAGCGGGCCAAUGAGACUGGCAGAUGUGCGUGUGUGUGUAUUAAUGUGCGUGUUGUCAUAUAUGGCAUCAGCCGACAGCGUGGUCAUUACCGUGUCGAUCCUCGUCACCCUGAUCAGCCUCCUGGUAACAACCGUGAUCGUCUUUCUGAAGAGGAAGACCCUGCUGCGCCUCCUCUUCACCAACAAGAAGAGCACGUUGGAGAAACUCAGAUCUGUGGAGGCCAACAGACCGACCAGCCCCAUCAGGACUCAGUCCAUGUACAGGCCUACUCCACAGCGAAAGCCUCCACCCAAACCCUCUACAGCCAACAUUUAUAAGCCUUCAUUCCUGAGCGCGGAGCCUCUUCUCCCUCCACACAACUUCCACUCUCACAGCCUGCGUAGACUUCCCCUCUACCAGCCGCUGCACAUCAGCCAGCCCAUGCCGGUGUCCCUGAGCGUGGGUCAGCCCACCCUGCCUCGACUCCCAGCCCACCACCGGGUCCUGCCUGCCCACACCUCCAUCUCACCGCCUCGAGUGCCACCUUUUCUCAGCCUGCCUCGCCAGCAGUCGUCGUACAGAGCGGACCAGGACUUUGACAAGCCCAGUCCACCCCAGAAACCGCUCCCCGCAGACCCUCUAGGCAGGAGCUCUCGGCUGGGUCACAGUGCCGGAGCAGCGGGGGGCCACAUCCCCGGGAAUGGACCUCUCCCCAUACCCAUCCCCACCGUACCCAGGCCCCCGCCCACCAUCCCUUUACCCAGCAGACCUGUGCCGGUGUUGCCCUACAGACCACCAAAGACUCAUAAAGACUGCUGAAGUUGGGACGUCACAGACGAGUUGAUCUCUCGCCAACAGACAAGAGACUGUCUUGAUUUUGCACUAAUGACUGAGACUCUGUAAGACCUGUUGGACACUCGGAGGAAUCGCAGAGUUUCUCGACGAAAGGGGGCUAACAUCACACCUCGGUGCUACGCCUCUAAAAGGUGCUAUGUUGUCCUCGCUCAGGUACCAAUGAACUAUUUAUCUAUUUAAGUAUUUAACUUCGACGUUACCGGUUUGUGCACAGAGCACCACGAUCAAGAGCGAUUUUCCCCACGGAAAAGUUUAGAAAAGAAGGAAUCACGGUGUCACUUUGGAUGUUUCUUUUUUGCCGAUUUUUAUACUAUUUUCUCAAAUGAAAUGCUGAAAUGACAUGAUGUUUUUUAUAACCAGUGAAGUUGCUUGAAUAAUUGAAGGGCAAGUUUCUUUUUUUUGUUUUUUUGGAAGAAAACGGAGAUAAAGGGAAACGGAGCACAACUCAACAAGUUGUCAGUGUAGCUUGUGGGCCAUGUGCAGCGUUAUCUGUUCAGUUUUCAUAUUUUUAUGAUGUAUGAAUACCAAAUACAUCCUUUCUAUUCACGUCGCCAUGGUGCUACAGAGCAGAUACUCAUCAAAUGUUUGUUUUUGCUGUUCAACACACGGACCCAUCAAAGCCUCGGACCACACUACUUUUUAUGGGAUUAUUCUGAUCUGCUCAUUUUACAGCCUCACAGUCGGUCUCCUUAUUCCCUUAUAAGUUCACUUUUGCUGCAAAGUACGAGCGGCAGAAGUACUUUUCACACAUUUCAGACUGGCUCUGACACACUGCUCAGGGCAUGUGUUGGACGCCCAACAUGUUCUCCUGAUGCUGGCAGGCGCUGUGGAGUCCCGACAGACUGAUUGUGUUCCAGAGAAUUACACCAACACCAAAUAAUUCAGCAUUAGCUCUGGUGUUUGUAUGUUUAACAUUUACGCUCACUUUGUCCCCGAGUGUGCGAGCCAAGAGGAAUGACUUCAGCGCCGCGAGCUUUCCAAAUCUCCUCCUCGACUGUGUCCAACAAGAUGUUUUACCGUAUCUGUCCCGUCUUCAUAACAUUCCAUUUAGAUUCUGUAUGGUUGUGUUAUUCCUGAACUCUUGAGAUUAUUCACGCAUUCACAGCAUCAUUCAUUAGAUCCAGAGCUCGGCGUUGCACUUUGGGUCAGGCCGUGUCCCUGGUGUUGUUUGUUGUUAACUUGCUGUAGGGAUUGAAACUUUACAGCGUCGUUCUUUUUUCCUGUAUCACUUUCGGAUAAUUGCAUUUUCUAUUUGCAGAAUGACUGAAGUGUGUAAAGCCCUGCAUACAUGUGCGAGCAACACUUUUCUCUUGUUUUGGAAGACGUGCUCGACAGUCAGAGUGUCUGCUCUCUCCGCUGGAAGAUAUUUGUCAGUGCUGUGUCGAUUAACUGUUAACUGUUGACGCCAUUUGUAAAUCCCAAAUGUAACGUGUUUAUUUGCAUAACUGUAACAUGUUUAAACACCCCUGUAAUGUGUAAAUAUUGUAUGUCAGUUAUCAUUUUCUCUUCCUUUUUUUUUGUCUUCCUUUUAUUUUUUUUACAUUGCACAGUAAUAUAAGAACUGCUUUGAGGCCGCCGCGAACGUGAUGUUAAAGCUUUCAACGUGUAACCUUUAGGCCAGAGACAAAUGUUUGAGGAAAAACAUUUAAACUGAGAGAUUUUAUUGAUGAAAUCAGAGCCAAAUAAAAGUUCCUUUAUG